GGAGUAUCGCUGCAAACUCUGUUUGCUGUUUGUUUUAUUUUUGGUUUUACUUUUGAAACGGGAAAAUGUUUCAUCAGGGGGCUCAGCAGCAGCCACAGGUGGAAGUGGUGAUGAAGGUGGAAGGUGAACCGUUUAACUCCACUCCUCCUCCUCCACCUCUGACUGCUACUCAGCGGUUGAAGAAGGAGCUGGAAGAACAGUUGCGGCAGCAACAAGCCAGACUUGCAGAAGUGGAACAGCAGGAGGCAACUGAGCUAGAGGCUGCAACAGAUCAUUCCAGAAGAGAAUACCUGUUGCAGCAGCUAGAGAGGUUGCUCACCGAUGACCGCUGUGCUCAGAUAACCAAGCACAUGGCGGAAAUGAUCUUGCUAGAGCACAAGAUCACCAGCUCCCAGUUCACGAACUGGGAUGACCGCUUCGUGCGAUUGGAGCGUCGGGUUGAUGAACUGUCAUCUCAGCAGUCCAAGAUCCUAGAUUCUAUUCGGAACUUGACUGCUCAACUGGCAGCCGCCAAGCUGAUUACUCCUCAGCUCCCGCUGAUGACACCCAAACCGUCUCCUCCUUCACCCCCUUCCUCACCACAUCCAUCCCAUGCUGGUUUUGUACAUUCUUCCCGGUCAUCUUCCCCUUCCCAAAAGGCCUCAGGAAAGGCCACCUAUGCUGCUGUGACUGCAGGAGACCAAAAAGGUCCCAAGAUCCCUGCUCCCAACAAGUUUAGGGGUGAUGACCCCAAGACCGAUGUUGGGGACUGGGCUGCUGGGACCAGAGCCUACUUGAGGGGCUUUGUCUGUGCAGAACAGACCAAGGUGGCAAGUGUUCUGGGACUGCUGGAAGGGCCUGCACUGAAGUGGGCCACUUCCACUUCCAGCAGUUUGCAGCAGUCCAUGGAGGACUGGGCUUUUGGGCUUGGGGUAGACAAGCUUCUGCAGGCCCUGGAGGACCGAUUUGCAGACAAGGAGCGGGCCCGCAAGGCUGCUGACAUGAUUGCUCGCCUGGGACAGCAGCGGUACAGCGGCACCCUGCAGGCCUUGUUUGCUGAGCUCGAGCAGCUUACCUCCACCCCUGGGUUGGUCAUAUCUUCUGAUGAUUUGCUGACCAACUUCUGCAGGGCAGCGUCUGAGAAGUUUGUUGUUGCAUUGUACAAUGCUGGGCACAAGGACUGGAGGUCCUUUGGCCGUACAGCCCUGGAAAUGGAGGCCAAGCUCCAUGUCCAGGCCCCAUCCUCUGAUAGGAGGAAAGGUGCCUUCCCCAGAGGUGGCAGAAGGGGAAAGGCAGCCUUUACUCAUGCGGGGUCUGCCUCAGGAUCAGAUUCCGAUUCCCAGCCUGAUGCACCUUCAGGUGGGACCGGAUCUGGUGCUGAGACAGAUGUUGCAGCAAUCGUGACUCUGGCUGUUUUGGGAGCUCUGCAGCUGCAGAGGAAGUUCUCCCUCACCACAGUCUCCGCCACUGCCAAGGGGAAGGAUAAGGGACGUCGACCUUCCUCUUCCCAAUCAAUUGAGAUGGCAGAGGAGGAUGUCUACAAGACAACCUUCAAGACCAGGUAUGGGACUUACGAGUUCCUGUUCAUGCCAUUUGGACUUUGGAAUGCCCCAGGCACCUUCCAGACAGAGAUUCACCGCAUCUUCAGGCCUUACCAGGACAAGUUUAUGGUUGUCUACCUGGAUGAUAUCCUGGUAUUCAGCAAAACUGCCAAGGAACAUGCGGAGCACUUGGCUCUUGUCCUUCAGGCAUUACGUGACAGCCAGUACAAGAUCAACGGAGAGAAGUCCUCCUUUGGAGUUCCCUCUAUCAUCUAUCUGGGUCAUGUAAUCUCUGGAGAUGGUCUGGCUCCUGAAGCAGCCAAGAUUGUUGUUAUUCAGGAGUGGCCUCAACCUCAGACAGUGAGGGAUGUCCGGUCCUUCAUGGGCUUAGCCUCCUACUACAGAAAGUUUGUCAGAAAAUUUUCUGCAGUGGCUGCACCCCUGACUAACCUAACAAAGAAGGACACUCCCUUUCUUUGGUCCCUCCACUGGCAGUUGGCCUUCACACGACUCAAGAAGGCCUUGACUCGUGCGCCUGUGCUGAAGUUACCUGACCCCACUUUGCCAUUCAUCCUGACCACUGAUGCCAGUCAGUAUGGUAUUGGGGCAGUUCUUCAGCAGAAUGAUGGGAAUGGUCUACGGCCUGUAGAGUUUAUGAGUAAGAAGAUCAAGACUCAAAAGCUCCAGGACUCCACCUACGAGAAAGAGCUAUACGCUCUUGUCUGUGCCCUGAAACAUUGGAAACACUUUCUCCUGGGCAGGCACUUCAAGAUCUUCUCAGAUCACUCCACCUUACAGUGGAUGAAGUCCCAGGGAGAGUUGAGUGACAAGUUGGCAUGGUACAUGCAGUUCAUUGACAUGUUUGACUUUGAACUGAAGAAUAAGAAGGGCUGCUACAACAAGGUAGCAGAUGCCCUCUCUCGUAGGCCUGACUCUUUUGCGCUGAUCCCCUCUACUCACUCCUUUGGAGAGGAGAGCCGUCAGACCAUUGCUCGUCUACUGCCUCAGGAUGAGACUUUCGGACCCAUCGUCAGGAAUCUGCAAGCAGAUCCUAAUUCUGAACCAGGCUAUGCUCGGAGUUCAGGCCUGCUGUAUACUUGCAGUAGAGGUGAGGAGCGCUUGUGCAUUCCCCAGGACCAGCGGCUCAGGACACUGCUGAUGUCAGAGUGUCAUGAUGCCCGUGGACAUUUUGGGUUCCUAAAGUCUUAUGCAGCCCUGUCGCAGCGCUUCUUUUGGAAGGAGAUGCGGAGUGAGAUGCUGCGUUAUGUGGACACCUGCGAGCUCUGGAAGGAGAUGCGGAGUGAGAUGCUGCGUUAUGUGGACACCUGCGAGCUCUGCCAAAGGAAUAAGGUCCAGCGUAGACCUCCUUUAGGACUGCUCAAACCCUUACCCAUACCUGAUGGCCCUGCUGAAUCUGUGUCGAUAGACUUCACAGAUUUAGGCAAGACCACCCCUCGUGGCAUGCGUCAGGUUAUGGUCUGCGUGGAAAGGUUCUCCAAAUACGCAGAGUCCAUCCCCUUGCCAGAGGUAGCUAGGGUUUCGGCUGUGAGAGCAGCCGUCUCUGAGAGGUGGGUCACACACCAUGGACCGCCCACUUCCAUAGUCAGUGAUCGAGACCCCAGAUUUUGCAGCGAUGAAUGGCAGUCCUACUGCAAGGACUAUUUGCACUCACGACAAGACACGACUUCUGGUCAUCAUCCGGAAGCCAAUGGUUUGGCUGAAGUGAUGAACCAAGUCCUAUUCCAGCUGCUGCGUCCUGUCAUCUCUCCAGAUCAACAGGACUGGGAUCUUCACUUAGCGAGGGCACAACUCAUGUAUAACAUGUCUGUCCACUCCUCGACAGGGUUCAGUCCCUACCGGUUACACUGGGGACGUGAACCACGACAGCCUCUCGAUGACAUCAUCGAUAAGGGAACUUGUGAGAUGAUCGUGGGUGGCCUGAACAGCUUAGAGGGCGUCACAUGCAACGAUGCAGAAGGGGCCAUGUAUGUGUUCCCACAGAUCCACUUCUCAGAGAAGGCGAAGAAAGCUGCAGCAGAUGCAGGUGUAAAGGUUGAUGCGUUCUACUGUACAAAGUUGCUGGAUGCCACUGGUGUUGUGGUUGUCCCCGGGUCUGGUUUUGGCCAGGUGCCUAGCACUUACCACUACCGUUGUACUAUCCUUCCCGGUGAAGAGAAGAUGCCGACCGUCAUUGCCAAGAUUGGAGAAUUCCACAAGAAGUUCAUGGAGGAGUACCGCGACUAAGUGCAUCCUGGCCAGCUGGUGGUUCACAGCCAGUGAGCUCUCAUGUAGUUGUUUGGUCACUUUGGUGAUAGAAGAAGGGGAUCAGUAGUGGGAUUUUAGAUUGUGUCUUACUUGAACUCUGUAGGUAGAAAGAUCCGGCUCAUGUUUGUGCACCGGUAUAGAAUUGUUAUAAUAACCUUCCUGUUGUUUGAGCUGAAAGUAUUCCUGUCAAAACAGUUGUACUUCCCUUUGCUCCUGCUUCGCAACAGUCGAUGUUUGGUUAUGUAUGUAUGUAUUUCUGUCGAUCUUCUGCUUGGACAUGCUUCUGCUUGGCUGUGCUUCUGCUUGGCCGUGGAGAACGCAGUAGAAACUGGCUGCACAGAGUGGGUUAGGAGGUGUCCAUACAUUAUUAACACAUCCAUACAUACAUGCAUGCAUUUCUUCUGAACAGGCAUGUAUACACAAAUCUGUGUAGAUGUUGAGGCAAACACAUGCAUCUACACCUGCUUCUAUCUAAUUCACAGGUACAUGGACACGAACCAGGGCUGGGCCAGCAACCGGCCGGAUCACCUGCCCUGGUUCAACCGGGACCAGACCGGUCCAGGGGCGGUGAACUGGCAAAACCGGAUGCCCCCAAAAAAUGCCCAAAUUGUUUUUUUUUCCCUUCUGAUUGCCGCAUCCGACUGCGCUCGCUGAGAUCUGUCGGAUUCCGCAAUAAAACUUGCAAAGUAAG